GUGUUUCUCAGCCAGUAUAUUAACGACACAGGUUAGCUCAGAGAAGCAUAACACGACAAUGGCCGUGCCUGUGAUUGCAGACAACGACCUGAUUAACUUCGACAUCAUAGAAACACAUAAGGAAAACAUACAGUCAUUACCUGGUGGUCGAUCUGCAAAGCAACUCGCCGCCAUCCUCACACCACGACCGUCGGGCAAACCAGGCUUACAGUCAGAGCCUACAUUGAACGAAACAAAGACACUGAACAAUGCGAUUCGACAGGAAUACGAGAUCGAGCUGCAAUCAAUAGCAGAUGCUGACGAUCCACUGGACAUUUACGACCGAUAUGUGAAAUGGACGCUGAAUUCCUAUCCUUCUGCUCAGGCGACCCCCGAAUCGCAAUUACUGCCUCUUCUCGAACGGGCAACCAAAGCCUUUCUUACCUCUUCACUCUACAAAAAUGACCCACGGUACCUGAAGCUGUGGCUGCACUACAUUCGCUUAUUCUCCGACAGCCCUCGGGAGACAUUUGCGUUCCUUGCCCGACAUGGGAUUGGUGAUGCGCUCGGUCUCUUUUACGAAGAGUUCGCUGCUUGGCUAGAGGGGGCAGGACGAUGGAUGCAGGCAGAUGAAGUGUUCAAACUGGGCAUUGAAAAAGAAGCGAGGCCCACGGAAAGACUGAUACGAAAGUACAGCCAAUUCCAGCAACGAUUUGAGGCGAGACCGCAGGCAGAUAAUGAGCCCAGCUCUCCAGCUCUUCCAACCGUACGACCUGCAUUAGCGGCCAAAAUUGAUCCCUUUGCUUCUGCGCAUAGAAGCGAAGACGCCCAGGCAUCACAGCAGCAACAACAACAACAGAAUGGUGCGGGAGGCCGCCCCACAACCAGUCGUUCUGGCAAGCCUAAAAUGGCUAUUUUCUCUGAUGCCGACAAUGCUGCACCUCCUCCAGCAGCAAUGACAACGAAUGGCUGGGAUAACAUUGGUUCAAUCAAGGAGCGCAAGAAGGAGAACACUAUCGAGGCAAGACCUUGGACUGGCGAAAAGAUGAAAGCUGGAGGUAGAGCAGGGACAGUACCAAAGAUGGAGAUUUUCAAAGACCCGUCUCUACAAACAAUAAACGGCGCAAGGCAACCUGUUCAGCGACCUGGGGAUGUUGUCAAUCCUCGUACAGGCCGAAUAGAGCGAGUCUUUGUCAAUAUCGAAGCCAUCUAUCCCAGCAACGACCAAGAGUUCAGUUUUGAAGAGUUGCGGGCCACGUCGCGAGGGUGGUUCCGCCGAGACUGGCGUCAGCCAGAAGGACCAUCAGAAGGGGCUCCGUUGCAAGCUCUUUCUGGAAAUGAAGCCUCGCCACCAAAGCCAAGGUCCAAAGCCAGCAAAGCUCUGGAGCAGGAAGACAUAGAGAAUUUGAGCGAAUCAUUCCAGCAAAAGGUUGAUCUGAACGAUACUUCUCAGGGCAAUCUCAGUAUUCAUGACGUUUCAACACAAUCCAUGGUCGGGAUGCCAGAAUCGCAGUCCACUUCUCAAUCACAACCACAAAGUCAGAAGCCGAGGGAAAAGAAAUACAAGGUCAGAGAAGUCAAGCAGGAAACACAGACGGUCAAAACACGCCUUCAGUCACCUACAGGCAAGAAACUCAAGAGGAAAAUCACGGCCGAGCCUACGAUGACCUUCCACUCAAAAGCUGCGACCAAUGAGAUAUAUGACAUGUUCAACCAGCCACUUCGUAAGCCAGAGAUAGCGAAGGAAGAUACACAAAGUGGUGAAGAGAUUGAGUUCACUGAAGACGUGGACGAUGGGUACAGCACGACAGGGGACGCCGAGAGCACUGGCACUGGUCGGGAAUUCGGAGCAGACAGUGAAUAUGGCGAGGACACCUUGGCUUCACAAUUUGAUCACACCGAGAGCCAGAGCCAAACACAAAGUCACAGUCAGCCUGACAGUGUUUCUCCUUGGUCAGAUUUCACAGCCAGCAAGCACGUGCCCCGGCUUGAUUCCCGGAAUACUUCAUCUACCAAGCCCAAUCCUUCCUCAAACAAAGCUCACGGCAGGAUGAAGUCAAAGAAUAAACACAGACAUGUAAUGGCUGACGAUGUGACUGAGAGUCUAGAUUCGUCGAGUCAAAACGCAACUCAGACCUCUGGGCUUGGUGGUGACUUUGAUACACAAGCUAUCGCUGCCAUUGCCAACUGCAACUUUGACGACAUGGACACCAAGGCUAUCGCCAUGAUGGCUGGAGAUGUUGACGAUGAAGAGCAGGACGAUCUUGAGAUUCAAGAUCAUCUGCCCGCAUCAUCACACUCUGAGACUGAAGGCGCGGCUGAAGAAGGAGUGGCUGCACAACACCAACAACAAGAAACAAUGGAUGAAGAUGACGACGACAACAGAGACAGCCUCUCGACACCUGUGGAUGAUGUCUUCACGGAGCAUCAUGAAAUCUCUCACAAGCCUCGCUUCAUUCCUCUUCCACCGGAAGAUUAUGAGCCUACCCCGGUGAGACCGUAUCGAGACCCUGCUCUCGUCGCCCAAAACAAGCUGCCAUUCAUGACGCCAAUCGUCGAGAGAACCGAGAGCUCCCUUGCUCCAUCGACCGUGUUCAAUGACCCUGACUACUUCACGUCCAAGACUCCGAGCAGAUCGACCCAUGCUUACGAGAGCCCUUCGCAAGUGCAGAUCGACAAGCUCUUGAUGAGUAGUCCUCAGCAGCAGGACGCCACACCUCCCUCGUCUGCUAAGAGAAAGUACGAACAUACCGGCAUCACGGAAGAGGAGGUUGCGAGUUCUUCUCCACGUCAGAGAAAGGGACCUGGACGAGAUCGGCCCAACUCGAAUGGUCACAUUCCAUUUCCAAUCGCCAAGGCUAGUCCGGCUCCAAUCAAGGAUGAAAAAUCUGUCUUUCAGACUCCUGCUGUCCCAGUCAAGUCCCCGGCGAAAAGCAUCAUUCCACCUACCAUCAAGCACAAGGGUCCAAUUGUAGCUGAUUUGCAAUGCAACCCGUGCGACGACGUCAUCCGACGGCAGGUUCUCACUGCCGUUCAUCCUCCAGUUUCGUCCUACUCCGGAUACUAUGAUCACUCAGCGCAGGCACUCGGUCAGUAUUCUCUGCUGAAAUCCUAUGCUGAGAAGAUCUCGAAGCUCAAAGCUAAAGGCAGUCCACGAAAGAGCCAAGGCAGCAAAGACGCAGCUAUCAAAGCAGUUCCGCCUCUGCUCAAGUUCGCUGGCGCUUCUCGCGUGUAUGCUGUCAAGCGUGAGUUGGGUGCAGGCGCUUUCGCUCCUGUCUACCUCGUCGAAAGCUAUGACCCGAACGACAAUGCGCUCGCCAUCGUCGAUGAUGUGGAAGACAAAGAGAAUUCAAGCCCGAAGAAGCCAAUGGAGUUCACCCGCCAAGGUCUUGAAGCGCUCAAGACUGAAGCUCCUCCUGGUACUUUGGUGUGGGAAUUCCAUAUUCUACGCACUGUUCGUCAACGUCUGGGCCCUGCUGCGCGCACGAUGCAGUCAAUCGUCCUUGCGCAAGAAUGCCAUCUUUUUAGCGACGAGGCGUACAUUGUGCUCGAGUACAGUCCACAAGGAACGUUGCUCGACCUGGUCAACCUUGCCAGAAGUGAGAAUGUGAAAGCUGGCAAACCGGCCGAAGGUCUCGAAGAAGUGCUUGCCAUGUGGUUUGGGGUUGAAUUGCUGCGGAGCCUGGAAGAUCUGCACCAAGUGGGUAUCCUACACGGCGAUCUCAAGGGUGACAAUUGUCUCGUCCGCUUUUCCGGCACCGACGUCACUGGCCCGUAUGACUCUCUUGGUGGAUCCGGCUGGAACGAGAAAGGAUUGAAACUGAUUGACUUUGGUCGUGGCAUCGAUACCAGGAUGUUCAAGGCGGACGCCCAGUUCAUCGCCGACUGGCCCAGCUGUGCCACCGACUGUGCCGAGAUUCGGGAGUGUAAGCCGUGGAAGUGGCAGAUUGAUUACCACGGUGCGGCGGGCGUGAUCCACAGCUUGUUGUUCGGCAAAUACAUCGAAUCGGUCCCUGUCGGCGGCGGUCUCGGUCCGGGACAAAAGAAGGAAUGGAAGCUCAAGGAGAACUUGAAGAGGUAUUGGGAGAAGGAGAUCUGGACAGAGGUGUUUGGCGUGCUGUUGAACCCUGCCACCGUGCAAGACGGUGAGGAGAUGCCGGUUCAACGCAAUCUCAAGCGAGUGAGAACGCGAAUGGAAAAGUGGUUGAGCGAGGAAGGUGAGAGAAGUGGAAGAGAUCUUCGAGGUGCUUUGAGGAAGAUGGAACGACUUGUGGCGGGAAACAAGUCUGCAUGAAGAGGGAAAGAAGAGAAGACGACGAUGACUGAGAGGACAGCAUAUUUCCAACCUUGGCAAUGGAGUUUUUGAUCACUUGGAAAUAUUGCGGAUGCCGGAGACGAACAAAACAAAUGGGUGGUGACAUUAUGUGUGAUCGGAUACUCGUUAUGAGCAAGCAGGGUGUUGGGGGUGUUUUUUUCUUCUCUCUCUUCUUUUCACUGUGUUGCAUGUCGAUGCUGCAUACCUAAG